AUGAUCUUGAAAGCUCCGCUUCUUGCUUCUCGCACAUGGGGCUCCAAAAGCUUGCUCAAGUCUAGCAUUAAGUCCUCUUAUCAGCAGUUGAUAAGAACCCUUGCAACCCCAGCUUACAAGGGCUCGUCAAUUCUUUCUGGGUUCAGCGAUGAAAAUGCUCACAAAUUAGUUGAUGUCUCUAAGGUCCUUGUCAUUGGAUCUGGUGGGUUAAGCAUUGGCCAGGCCGGUGAAUUUGACUACUCUGGUUCCCAAGCUAUCAAAGCCCUUAAGGAAGCCAACAAGCAAUCGAUUUUGAUCAACCCAAAUAUUGCCACUAAUCAAACCUCUCAUGCUUUGGCUGACGAGGUGUACUACUUACCGGUCACUCCAGAAUAUAUCACCUACAUCAUUGAAAGAGAAAAUCCAGAUGGUAUUUUACUCACAUUUGGUGGUCAAACUGGUCUUAACGUUGGUGUUCAGCUUGAUAAAAUGGGUGUUUUUGAAAGAUAUGGUAUUAAGGUUCUCGGUACUCCAAUCAAGACCCUUGAAACUUCUGAAGAUAGAGAAUUGUUUGCCAAGGCUCUUAAAGAAAUUAAUAUUCCAAUUGCCGAAUCUAUUGCUGUUGAAACCGUUGAUGAUGCUCUCAAGGCUGCCGAAGAAGUUGGUUACCCAAUCAUUGUUCGUUCAGCCUAUGCGCUCGGUGGUUUAGGUUCUGGUUUUGCUAAUAACGCUGAAGAAUUGAAAAACUUGGCUUCUCAGUCACUUUCCCUUGCCCCACAAAUUUUGGUUGAAAAAUCCCUAAAGGGUUGGAAAGAAGUUGAAUAUGAAGUUGUUAGAGACAGAGUUGGCAAUUGUAUUACCGUUUGUAACAUGGAAAAUUUCGAUCCUUUGGGUAUUCAUACUGGUGAUUCCAUUGUUGUGGCCCCAUCUCAAACUUUGAGUGAUGAAGAAUAUCAUAUGUUGCGUAGUGCCGCUAUCAAGAUUAUUCGUCAUUUGGGUGUUGUUGGGGAAUGUAACGUUCAAUACGCUUUACAAGCUGACGGUUUGGAUUACAGAGUUAUCGAAGUCAACGCUAGAUUGUCUAGAUCUUCUGCUUUGGCUUCCAAGGCUACUGGUUAUCCAUUGGCUUACACUGCUGCAAAGAUUGGUCUUGGUUACACCUUGCCUGAAUUAUCUAACCCUGUCACUAAGACUACCACCGCUAAUUUCGAACCAUCCUUGGAUUACAUUGUCACAAAGAUUCCAAGAUGGGAUUUAUCUAAAUUCCAACAUGUCAAGAGAGACAUUGGUUCUGCAAUGAAAUCAGUUGGUGAAGUUAUGGCUAUCGGUAGAACUUUUGAAGAAAGUUUUCAAAAGGCCAUUAGACAAGUUGAUCCAUCAUUUGUUGGCUUCCAAGGUGAUUUAUUUGAAAAUCUCGAUGAUACAUUGGCUAAUCCAACUGAUAGAAGAUGGUUGGCUGUCGGUCAAGCAUUGUUGCAUGAAAAUUACUCUGUUGAAAAAGUUCAUGAAUUGAGUAAGAUUGACAAAUGGUUCCUUUACAAAUUGAUGAAUAUUGUUAACAUGCAAAGAGAAUUAGAAGGUGUUGGCUCUAUUAAAAAAUUGAACAGAGAUAUCAUUACUAGAUCAAAGCAAUUGGGCUUCAGUGAUAAACAAAUUGCCCAUGCCGUCAACUCUACUGAACUCGAAGUUAGAGCAAAGAGAAAAUCAUUUGGGAUUGUUCCAUUUGUCAAGAAGAUUGACACUUUGGCAGCUGAAUUUCCAGCAGACACUAACUAUCUUUACACCACUUAUAAUGCUUCUACCAACGAUGUUACCUUCGAUGAACAUGGAACUAUUGUUUUAGGUUCUGGUGUUUAUCGUAUCGGUUCUUCUGUUGAAUUCGAUUGGUGUGCUGUUUCUACCGCUAGAGCUCUUAGAGAAAGUGGUGAGAGAACUAUCAUGAUUAACUAUAACCCAGAAACUGUCUCCACUGAUUUCGACGAAGUCGACAGAUUGUACUUUGAAGAAUUGUCGUUUGAAAGAGUUAUGGAUAUUUACGAACUUGAACAAGCCCAAGGUGUUGUUGUGAGUGUUGGUGGUCAAUUACCACAGAACAUUGCCUUGCCUUUGCAAAACAAUGGUGCUAAGGUUUUGGGUACCAAUCCAGAAGAUAUUGACAAGGCUGAAGACCGUCACAAAUUCUCUUCCAUUUUGGACUCUAUCGGAGUUGACCAGCCAGCUUGGAAAGAGUUGAGUUCUUAUGACGAUGCCAAAUCUUUUGCCAAUAAAGUUGGUUUCCCAGUCCUUGUUCGUCCAUCUUAUGUGUUAUCUGGUGCUGCAAUGUCUGUGAUUAGAAAUGAAGGUGAACUUGAAGCUAAACUUUUGAAUGCUGCUAAGGUUUCUCCAGACCACCCGGUUGUUAUUUCUAAGUUUAUUCAAGGUGCUCAAGAAAUUGAUAUUGAUGCCGUUGCUUACCAAGGUAAGGUUCUUGUCCAUGCUGUUUCUGAACAUGUGGAAAACGCUGGUAUUCACUCUGGUGAUGCCACUUUGGUUUUGCCACCACAAGGUUUGUCUCCAGUUAUCAUGGGUAGAUUGAAGGAUAUUGCUGAUAAGGUUGCUGCUGCUUGGAAGAUCACUGGUCCAUUCAACAUGCAAAUCAUCAAGAAUGAUGUCAGUGACAAUGAUGUGGAAACUGAAUUGAAGGUUAUCGAAUGUAACAUUAGAGCUUCUAGAUCGUUCCCAUUUGUCUCUAAAGUCCUUGGUGUUAACUUCAUUGAUGUUGCCAGUAAGGCUUUGCUUGGCACCAACGUUCCAGAACCUGUUGACUUAAUGCAAAAACAAUACAACUAUGUUGCUACCAAGGUUCCACAAUUCUCUUUCACUAGAUUGGCUGGUGCUGACCCAUUUUUGGGGGUUGAAAUGUCUUCUACUGGUGAAAUUGCCUCUUUUGGUAAGGACAAACAAGAAGCCUACUGGACUGCUAUGCAAGCUACUAUGAACUUCCACUUGCCAAUGCCAGGUUCUGGUAUCUUGUUUGGUGGUGACUUGACCAAUGAAAAUCUCGGUAAAGUUGCUGCUAACAUUAGCGAAUUGGGUUACAAAUUCUACACCGCUUCCCAACCAGUUGCUGAUUACUUGAAGAAGUAUGUCCAUGCCGAUGAACUGAUUCAAGUCAUUGAAUUCCCUAAGACAGACAAACGUGCCCUUCGUGAAAUUUUCCAAAAAUUCGAAAUUAAAUGUGUUUUCAACUUGGCAGCUGCCAGAGCCGAAUCUUUGUUGGAUGAAGACUACGUUAUGAGACGUAAUGCCAUUGAUUUUGCUAUCCCUCUUUUUAAUGAACCACAAACUUCCUUAUUGUUUAGUGAAGCUUUGAACAACCGUAUUGGAGAAAAGGUUGCUGCCCAAAAGGGUGGUAAAGUGGUUAUCCCAUCCGAAGUCAAGAGAUGGAGUGAAUUCAUUGGUGGAAAGCCGGUGUGA